CGGCGAGAGGCCUGGGCGGGGCGGGCGGCCCCGGGGGAGCGGGGUCGAGCGGCGCAGCUGCAGCACCCGCGGGGUGGCCGGGCGCGGCCCGGCUCCUCGGCCGCUUCUCCGGGGGCCGCUGGGCUCCGUCUGCUGCUGGGAUUCCUGCGCUGAGAAUGAACGAGGGAAGGAGGCAAAGGCAGCCCUCGGCUAAGGACAGCGGCUUGCUGAAGGGUCGUUUGAAUUCUCCUCUCUCUCUCCUCUCUCAGGUGUGCUGAACAUGCUGCUGAGGAUGCUGGAUGUGUUGCUGGUGAUACUGCCUGUCUGCAAGGCCCCUCACCUGGAGGAGCUGUAGAGGUUGCCGUGCAGGUGGAUGGACGUGGAGCCCUAUGCCAGCAUGCAGGUCGGGAUGCGAGUCGUGCGUGGAGUGGACUGGAAGUGGGGCAGCCAGGAUAAUGGAGAAGGGAAUGUUGGGACUGUGGUUGAGAUUGGUCGGACAGGCAGCCCGACCACUCCAGAUAAGACUGUGGUGGUGCAGUGGGAUCAAGGCAACAGGACCAAUUACAGGACUGGAUUCCAAGGGGCUUACGACCUCCUUCUCUACGACAACGCACAAAUAGGUGUCCGUCACCCCAACAUCAUCUGUGACUGCUGCAAGAAGCAUGGCAUCCGGGGCAUGCGCUGGAAGUGCAAGAUGUGCUUUGACUACGACCUGUGCACGCAGUGCUACAUGAACAACAAGCACGACCUGGCCCACGCCUUCGAGCGCUACGAGACGGCGCACUCCCAGCCGGUCCUAGUGAGUCCUCGACAGAAUCUGACUCGCAUCACUUUAAAAGGGACUUUCCAGGGGGCUAAAGUCGUCCGUGGUCCUGACUGGGAGUGGGGUAACCAGGAUGGUGGUGAAGGUAAAACUGGCCGUGUGGUCGAUAUCCGUGGCUGGGAUGUGGAGACCGGACGCAGCGUGGCCAGCGUCACGUGGUCUGAUGGGACCACAAACGUCUACAGAGUUGGACACAAGGGAAAAGUGGACCUGAAAUGUACUGUGGAGGCAUCUGGUGGCUUUUACUACAAAGAGCAUCUCCCCAAAUUAGGAAAACCAGCUGAGCUGCAGAGGAAGGAAAGCACAGACAGGCAUCCCUUCCAGCACGGGGACAAAGUGAAAUGCCUGCUGGACAUUGACAUCCUGAGGGAGAUGCAGGAGGGCCAUGGUGGCUGGAACCCUAAAAUGGCAGAGUUCAUUGGCCAGACAGGGACUGUGCACAGAAUCACGGACAGAGGGGACGUGAGGGUGCAGUUCAACAGCGAAACCCGCUGGACUUUCCAUCCUGGAGCUCUCACUAAGCUCAACACCUUUUGGGUUGGUGAUGUUGUCCGGGUGAUAGAUGAUAUGGAAACAGUGAAGCGAUUCCAACCUGGUCAUGGGGAGUGGACAGAUGAGAUGGCACCUACCCUGGGCCACAUAGGCAAAGUGAUCAAGGUCUAUGGGGACGGAGAUCUGCGAGUGUCGGUUGGAGGACAGUCCUGGACCUUUAACCCAGCUUGCCUGACAGCUUAUCAGAGAGAGGAAGAAGCAAACCUCAUGACAACAGAGAAUGCAAAGGAAUCAAAAAGUACUUUGAUUACUGUCUUGGAGAAACUGCUGUCUCAGAAGGCAGAGUCAGAGCAUGCAGGCUGCCUGGUCAUCUGUGCAGCGCUCAACAAUGCAGCUAAAGUUCGAGAGCUCCUUCAGAAGUACCCAGACAAGGUUGAUGCAAAGAACCAGGGCAGAACUGCCCUGCAGAUUGCCUCCUAUCAGGGGCACCUGGAGGUUGUGAAGAUCUUGCUGCAGGCACAUGCCACUGUCAACCUGAGGGAUGAAGAGGGGGAUACAGCACUGCACUACGCAGCUUUUGGAAACCAAGCUGAGGUUGCUCGUGUGCUUGUGGCAAAAGGAGCCAGCACAGACCUGUUGAACAAUGCCAAGUGCACAGCCUUGUACGUGGCUGUCAGCCAAGGCUUCACAGAGGUGGUGCGGACCCUCUGCGAGCUCAACUGUGAUGUCAACCUCCCAGAUUCCCAGGGAGACACCCCUCUGCAUUAUGCCAUCACUGCAGAUUACAAAGUCGUUAUUGAGAUCCUCACUGAAGUCCCCAACAUAGACUUCACUGUCCAGAACUGUCAAGGCUUCAACCUGCUCCACUAUUCUGCUUUAAAAGGCAACAAGCUAGCCAUAAAGAAGAUUCUAGCAAGGGCUCGGCAGCUGGUUGACUCCAAGAAGGAAGAUGGCUUCACUGCCCUGCACCUUGCUGCUCUCAACAACCACAAAGAAGUGGCAGAAAUCCUUAUCAGAGAGGGUCGCUGUGAUGUCAACCUCAAGAACAACCGGAACCAGACACCUCUGCACCUGGCUGUCAUCCAGGGACACGUGGGGAUGGUGCAGCUGCUGGUCAGUGAAGGCAGUGAUGUCAAUGCUGAGGAUGAGGAUGGGGACACAGCCAUGCACAUUGCCUUGGAACGACAGCAGCUCAUGUCCGUCAUGAUGGAGAAGCGCGAAGGGGAGAUGGGGUUGUCCCUCCUGUCCAAGCUGCAGGCUUCUGGCUUUCUUGGCAAUGUGGAGCUGAAUGUUGGGACUGCAAUUGCAUGUUACUUAGCACAAGAAGGAGCAGACAUUAAUUAUGCAAACCAUCGAGGGAAGUCUCCUUUAGACCUCAUUACAGAUGGGAGGAUUGUCCAGAUUGUCAAAGACUUCUCACAGAAAUUCAGGGAACAACAGCAGGUUUCUUCAGAAAGCUCAACCAUCACCUGCAGCCUUCGCCGUGUGCACACCACCCCCAACACAAUGACCAACCUUAGUGUCUCCAGUGUGGCAGUCCCCACAGAGUGCCUGGUCUGCUCAGAGCUGGCCUUGCUCAUCCAUUUCUUCCCAUGCCAGCACAGUAUUGUGUGUGAAGAAUGCUCCAGGAGAAUGAAGAAGUGCAUCAAAUGUCAAGUGACAAUAACCAAAAAACUGAAGCAAGACAGCACCGAGGUGGAGUGCAGCCCAAGCUCCGAGUCCACAGAUCAGAGGAAGCUGAUGGAGGAGCUGCAGAGCCGCUACCGGCAGAUGGAGGAGCGCAUCACCUGCCCCAUCUGCAUCGAUGACCAGAUCAAACUGGUCUUCCAGUGUGGACAUGGCUCUUGCCCAGACUGCAGCACAUCCCUCACUGUCUGCCCCAUCUGCAGGCAGGCAAUCCGGGAGAGGAUUCCGAUCUUCGUCUAAGGAGCCGCUCGCUUCCCCUCCCCUCCCCUCCCCGCCUCCCUCUGUCCUUCCUCUUUGUUUGCAUUGUAGAUGAGACGUGCUGGGCAGGCUGAUGGCUUUGGCUACCUGCAAAAAGCCAUCCUGAAAGAGGGAAGCAAGUAACUGCUGUGACUUGGGUGGAGGUGGAGGGAGUCCUCUCUCCUUGGUGUCAUACGGCUGAGGAGCGGUGCUUGAGGGCAGGCAGCCCCCGCACUCUGUGCUGCUGAUCCGUCAGAAGGAGCUGAAGGCAGGAGUGACCUUAUCUGCUGAGGGCAUGAGAGACUUUCAGACCACAGGUGGAUAGCCUUCCAUUUGCAGAUGUCUCCAGCAGCAUCCAGCUGCAGUGACUGCAUCAUGUCUAGUGCUCUGCAGCAUCAGAUCUGCAUCCUGGCCUGGCUCUGAAAGGAGUUGCUGUGGGAUGAUGUACCUCAGACCUUGGCAGGCCAUGGCAAAGCACAUGCUUGAGCUUCACCUGAGGAGCUGGGGUCACGGUGUCACUUCUCCUUGAUGCCUCUCAGUGGUAGGGAGGUGAUGUCCUAAGACAGCCUGCUGGCUGAACUGGCAGCUGUGGGCUCCACAAGGACUUCAACUGACAAGAGGCAAAUGUGGAUGUGAUGAGACCCUAAAGACAGAGUGUGUGCCUUAGAGAUAAAGUAGUGAACACUGAUUGGAGAAAAUCUGUUGUCACAACAAACAUUUCUAACCUCUAAGUGACACUCUUCUUCCAUGUUUUAUUUUAUGGUUUGGGGUUGGGU